AUGAAUAAAUUUAGUUAAUAACAGUUUUCAAAGAUACCUAGAAGAAGCCAGCGCUAUUUUCGGCCUGGUAUGACAGAAAAAAAGAUUGGUUUGUUUUUUAGGAUAGAUGAAGAAAAAUGUUAAAAUUACCCUCAUAUCCUUGAUACCAAUGAUAUUUUAGAGUUCAUGAAAUAAAAGCAAAUUGAAACAUAUUCUGUAAACGGAAUUGAGUUUACUUUCAAUUUAACUGUGGUCAAAUUUGAGGAAAUUUAAAAAAUGUUUUAAGUUAUUAAAGUAUUUUAGGAUACUGUAGAAGAAAUAACAAUAAAGGUAACUCAUGCCAUUGAUGAAAGUGCUACUUUUGAUGACUAAUUGGUAGAUGAUAUGUAGUUAAAAAAAUAGUUAUCUUUGAAUUUUGAUUGGAAGAGCAUCACUAAAAUAGGGUAAAAUGAGAAAGUUCUUUCCUUUUUAAACUUAUUUAAGAGAAUUUCUAGCGAAGAAAAUAUAUAGAAGUUAAACAUUCAUUUUGCUCAAAUCAAAUCAAAUCCUGAUAAAAUAAAUAAUAUCAUAGAUAUUGCAACCUCUCUCCCUAAAGUUGAAGAACUCAAGAUUACUUUUACAAACUAUAUUCAUAGUGAUGCAUUCCAAUCUCUUGGAUCCCUAAAUAAAAAGGAAUAACAAAUCUCUAUGAAAAGACUUGAGUUUGAUUUCACAAAUACUAGCUUAAGCAAGAAUGGGUCAUAAUAUUUAUCUAACUUCCUUUCUGGAUGUGAAAACUUAGAGAGUCUUAAGCUAAAUCUGAGAUAUAAUAAACUUGAUGAUUAAGAUUUGAUUUAAAUACUUUAAAGUAUUGAAAAGAAGCAAUUUAUUUAAAAUUUGUAGCUUUCCCUUUCAUCUAAUUGCUUUAAAGUAGAAGGCUCGAAUUACAUCGUAAAAUUUUUAAAUGAGUUUGCUUCUUUAAGCUAAUUAAAAGUACUUGGUCUUGAUUUAAGGAUGUUUGAAAUAUUGAAUGAGGAUAUUUCCUUGAAUUUAUUUGGUACUUUUAAAAAUUUAACUCACCUAAAUCAGCUCUUUUUGAAUUUGUAAAGAAUAAAGAUGCCAUAACUGAAAGAAUGCCUACUUUAAUUCAGCUAAAGUUUAGGAUAAAUGAGUUAACUAAAAUAAUUAAACUUGGAUUUAAGUUGGAGUGAGAUUAAAAAUGAAAUAACUCCUUUAUUCACCCAAAUAGGUAAUCUGACUUAGCUAACUAGCCUUUAAUUGAGCUUGAUUGGUAUACCUUUUGGUGAAAGAAAAAUGAAAAUGCUAGAAAACAGCAUAUAAUAACUAAAAUCCCUAUAAAUGUUAAACUUGAAUAUGGAUUUAAGAAAUACCUACAGAGGAAAUCAUUAAAUCUAUUAAGAUCUUAUCCAGAUAAUAGAAAGAGAAUUAACUCCUUUGAUGAACUUUGAAUUAACCGAGCUAGAUAAAAUAUCUUCUAACUAUUACAUAGAUGUUCAUGAAAUGUACAACAGAGUUCAAUAAAAAAUAUUCCUCAGAAAGUAACUAAUUUACUCGAUUGUUUUGCUCAAGAAGCUUUUCAUGAUUGGCAAAAUUAAAAGAAAAGAAAUGAUUGAAGACUUUGCUAACUUUUUAAUGCAGCCUAAAUAUUUUAGAGAAAAGUCAAGCUUCGUUCCUCCAGCUCCAGAAAUUUUAGACUUAAUCAACUGA